UGGGCGUGUCCUCGGCCCAGAAUCCCACUUGAACUUGAGGAUGCUCUGAGGCUUCUCUACACUCUCUUGUCUCCUUCAGCAGAAGAAGGCAGCCCUUCAACGACUUCAAGGAUUUCAACUGGGCUGAAACAAUGGGAGCCUGCCAGAGCUUCAGGGAGAUGUGCGACCGCACGAAAAACACCAACAUUCGCUUGAGCCUUCCAGCGGUUUGUGUCAUAUGGCAGACCGCCAUGAUCAUCCUGUUUGGAAUUUUUAUCCGUUACAACGAGGAGUCAGACAUACGCUGGGCAGAGCACAAAAAACUCAAAAAUAUAACAAGCGACAUCGAGAAUGACUUCUACUUCAGAUAUCCAAGUUUCCAGGAUGUACAUGUGAUGAUCUUUGUGGGGUUUGGCUUCCUGAUGACAUUUCUGAAGCGCUACAGUUUUGGCGGAGUGGGGUUCAGCUUCCUACUUGCUUCCUUUGGGCUCCAGUGGGCACUGCUGAUGCAGGGCUGGUUCCACCACCUGGUUGAUGGGAAGAUCCUAAUUGGGGUUGAAAACUUAAUCAAUGCAGAUUUUUGUGUGGCUGGCUGCUUGAUCGCCUACGGAGCGCUGCUGGGAAAAGUUAGUCCUGUCCAGCUGAUGGUUUUGACUCUGUUUGGGGUUACGCUGUUUGCUGUGGAGGAAUAUAUUAUCCUGAAUCUCAUCCAUGCCAGAGAUGCUGGAGGCUCCAUGGUGAUCCACACGUUUGGAGCUUAUUACGGCCUUAGCAUUUCAUGGAUGCUCUAUCGUCCAAAUCUGGAGCAGAGCUCCAGCCUGCAGCGCUCCGUCUACCAUUCAGACGUCUUCGCUAUGAUCGGUACCCUCUACCUGUGGAUGUUCUGGCCCAGCUUCAACUCGGCCAUCGCUGAUCACGGCGACGGGCAGCACAGAGCAGCCAUCAACACCUACCUGUGUCUGGCUGCGACUGUGCUCACUACCUUUGCUAUUUCAAGCCUCUUCCAGAAACAUGGCAAGCUAGACAUGGUUCACAUCCAGAACUCCACGCUUGCCGGAGGCGUGGCAGUGGGAACAGCAGCAGAGUUCAUGCUGAUGCCUUACGGGGCUCUUAUUGUGGGCUUCUGCUGUGGGGUUGUGUCCACGCUCGGUUACAUCUACCUCACGCCGUUCCUGGAGAAGUACUUGAAGAUCCAGGACACGUGUGGAAUCCACAACCUCCACGCCAUGCCUGGAGUCAUUGGUGGAAUAGUCGGAGCCAUCAGUGCUGCAGCUGCUUCAGAGUCGGUUUAUGGGCAUGAAGGGUUGGUCAACAUGUUUAAGUUGGUUCCCGCAGUGCAGGGAGGACACCAGGCUGGGGGCCUCUGUGUGGCUCUCUGCUUCGGUAUCGGCGGCGGAAUCAUUGUUGGUGCCAUCUUAAGAUUACCCAUCUGGGGCGAUCCUGCAGAUGACAACUGCUUCGACGAUGAGGCUUACUGGGAGGUGCCAGAAGAAGAGGAGAGCUCCCUACAGAUUCUGCAGUACAACAACCACUUUCGAAACAAAGACGUAGUGGAAUCAAAUUUCACCGUGGAGCAGGACGGCAGAACUCGUUCAUGAGCAAUCUUACACAGCUAGUGUCUUCUUUCAUUAUACCUCUGGAUGUGAAAAUUUGUGAAAGCUGGAAAAAAAAAGUUUUUGSUUUAAAUGUAUUCACAUCUUUUCUUUGGGUUGCCUCAUUUCAGAGCUAAGAGGUAAACAUAAUGAUGUAAAAUUUAUUGUUCUCUUUUUAAGAUGUGAUUCUCAGUAGUGAGCUGAAACCAGAUCAUUCUUUAUUAUCACAUUUUGCAAUAAUUUUACUUUAAACUCUCAUUUUGCACACGUGAGACAUAUAUCAAGGUUUUUUUUACUUGUUUUUUUCUUCAAGUUAUUUCUUUGCAAUAAAAAAUUGAAGAGAAAA